AUGGAUCACCCCGUAUUUUACGACCAAUUCGGCCAGGUUUACGCCAGCCAAGGCUCAGCCUCGUCGUCUACCCAGCCUUCUGAUACGAACCACGUGGAGCCGGCCUACUAUUGGCCGCCCUUCGAGACGCCCGGUUUCACGACUCCAGCCUUCGUCAAUGCUCCAGCAUUUGCAAUUGGCAGCCAGCCCGGAGCUGUUGGCUUAGACUCCGCCGACUUUCACACUCAAGUGGCUAUGUCUGGCAACCAAACCAACUUCAACAUGAACUCGAUGCCUAUCCACGACUCUUCCGCCUUCAUGGAAGCUGCUCCAUACGACUCUUCCGACUUCAUGGAAGCCACUACGUUUGGUCCUCAACCUGGUCUUCUCGAUUUCAACCCUGGGGUCAACUUUCAUCAAUACUCCUUCCAGAAUCUCUCGCCAGAAGUCCUUCCCAGCAUGCAGCAGGCUGACUCCAGCCUUCUUGAUACCCAACUGGGCCUUGGCUCUGAUUGGCCGCCCCUCCAGGAUCCCCACAGAGGUGCAUCAUGCACUACGCCCUUCGCUAUGCCCUUUUUGGGCGAAGCUGAAGUCGCCCAUCCAACCAGGAGCAGAGGACUUACACAACCUCCUAGACUCAGCGAGCCAGCCGUUCCCAAUCUGGGAGAUGGUGGCGCUGAGCCUGGGUGA